AUGAGAGAAGUCAACUUCAGUAUUCCCAACGUCAACAAGGCGUCGGUCGGCAUCACGACCGCCCUUUACGACCGUCGGGCCCUCGACUGCACAUCCACCCUUCCUCUCAUCAACUCUCUCAACCAUCUUGCCUACCUUACCACCUCCUCCGCUCGCAUCCGCGACAUCCUCACCGUCGAUGGCGGCAUCGAGCGCUUGGUUUGCAUUCUGAAACGCGGCCGCAGCAAGGACAUGAUGGACAUGUGGAAAUGGAAUUUGGCCUUUCAGUGCGUCGUCAACAUUGGUGUCAGGGGCACUGAAAACGUUCGCACUCGCGUCGUCGAGGCUGACAUGGUCCCUGUCAUUGCUACCAUCCUCGACAACUACAUCAAGGUCACGGAAAAGUGCAGAGACAAGUCGGACGACAAGAGCAAAGAUCAUCACCACCGUCACAGGAGCCACGAGCACCGCAGUGUCCACAAGGCUCCUUCCUUCACCAACAGAUCUAGCCGAGCUGAGGUUGAUCAGAGAGCCUCCCGCCGUCAGGCGCCUCCUCCAUCCAUCGACGUUUCUGCGACCUAUGCAGGGUCCUCAUCGUCCAGUUCUGCAGUCGACCAGCAAACCACCGAGUCCACGCCCACUCCGUCCCAGUACCCGCUCGCGUCCUCGGCCGAGCGGCCUGCCUUCCCGGCUCACCGACACCACCAUCAUCACCAUCACCACCACCACUACCGCGCUGCCGAGGCCCGCCAUGCUGUUGCUUCUCCGCCUCGUCAGACGGUUCAGCCCCUGGCGCCCGCUGUACCUCCUACGGAAACCAUGGAAGGCUUCGUGCGACCUGUCCGCGAUGUCGAUCGUCUUGCAUCGAUGAUGAGCUUUGGCAACGCAAACUUGACCUCGCAGCCAUCCUCUCCCACUACCCCCUUGGCACCCCCUCAAAUGCGUUCUCCCACCGUCCGACCCACCUCUGGACUCGCGCCAACCAGCCGAUCCCGCCGCCGCCCUUCCAUCCGACAUCAGAACUCGACUGUCGACUCGGACGAUUUGGUCGGCGAUGACGCGCCCUCUGACGAGUCUCCUGACGCCGAAAUGUCGGGGACUGGCACCGAGAUCCAGGCUGCUGUCAACAUCCAAGAUAUCACCAUGGAGGAGGGAGACAGCAUGCUUGCUGGCUCUACCACUAUGGACCUGAACACUCCCACCGUGUCAGAGACGCAGGAUACCGGAACCUUCAACAUCACGCACCGUGGCCCCGUUGAGACGAGCAACACCACUGCCACGACUCCUGCACCUGUGCCCACCAUCGGUCUUUCACCGAACCGCCCUACAAUGGUCACUCCACCCCAGCCAGCCAUUCCUAACGCCAGCGUCCCUCGGUAUUUGCUCGACCGGCAAUUCGUCCCCAACGCCCAGAUGCUUGCUGCCAUGCCUCGCGAAGAGGACGUCUUGAUGUCCCUUCAGCUGCUUGCCUACGUCUCAAAAUACUGCGGGCUGCGAUCAUACUUCCAAAAAAGCCACCUGGUUCCUAGGCUCAAGAUUGGCAAGGAACUUCGUUAUUUGGACGGCGAGAACGCCGCAGCGGAUCAGGUCGAAGACGAGGAAUUGGAGGAGGAAUAUCUGCUGCCCAACGAUUUCAAUAUCUUCCCCUCGUGGAGAAGUUCACAGUUCGACAUCACAGUACAGAUAUGCAGUACUGGGCUGGCGUUGUCAUGA